AUGGCGGAACAGAACGAAAAUACGUCCACGAAAAAGAGCGUUAAAAUUCAGGAUUACAUUUCGCCGGGGAUUUCACGCGAGCGAAGUUUCAUACGCACAUCAAACCAACAGAUCAAUAAUAGCAACAAACGGCGCAGUUUGGCAUUCACCCAAAGUCAGGCCCAUCAGCAUGCCCAGCAGCAGCUACGUGAGGGUCGCCUGGAUGGAUUGUCGGGCAUGAACAACAAGCUGAACGUGCACGCACAGGAAUUUCAAAUGAAUAACCUACCGCUCAACGAUCACCGAUUUCCAUUGCAAAGCUCAAGGUCUCUAAACAUCUACAGCAGCUCCCUGCAGCACUCGAAAUCAAGCGUCGCGAUGCCGCUGGGUGGGAUGCACGGUCGGCAGCAUCAUGCACUGCAGCAGCAGCUCGGUAGCAUCGGUAGUCCCGUCCCGAGGGGAUCACUCAUGAUGCCCACCCAUUCGCCACUGCACCACGUUGGUGUGCAGAUGCAACCGUCACACAUGCCGCUGGUAAAUUCACCCUCUAGCAGCAACAUUCUGCACUCCAGCGGACCACGCGUUAAGUUCGCGCCGGAACCGAUGCUUCACGCACACGCACACAGCAGCAACACACCAUAUGCCUCUAUCAGCAACAGCGGCGCCGCUGCGGGCGGUGCCAACAAUAACAACACCCAAUUGAAUCUGGCCCCUUUGCAGCGCUCGAAGUCUCUCUCGUCGGCGGAUACGUUGACCCGCGGUUUGGCUAGUCUCGGGUUGGGCAUCGGUGCGGAGGCAAACGAUAUUGGCAUGUUUUCGCCGGAAGUGCAGGCGGCGAUUACCAAGGCGAUCGAGGAUCCGAAUCAGUUGAAUGCGCGCUGCUUGAUGGAUCUGGCUGCACAGCUUCUGCAUCGUGCCGUGGAAGGGCGUAGAUACUCCUUACCCAUAUCGCGACUCUGCAUUUCAAUCAUCGCCAAGGAGAAAAAGGAAACAUUUCUAGAGGCACUGCUCAACACCUGUCGCCAAUGGUACCAGGAGCGGGACAAAGUACUGGGCGCGAUGCAAAACUCGAAGAAUCCAUCCCGUCCACGGUUCACCUCGUUCAUGGCGUUCCUGACGGAGAUGUUCUGUCAGCUGAAGCGGCGUCAGCUGCAGCUUCGCACCGAGUGUGACGGUGUGCCGCCUCCACUAGUGCUGCUGACCGUUCUUGGCAAGUGCUGCGAAGACUGCGUUCAACCACCGGUUCGAUCACUAUCGGAGAUCGAAUGUCUGUUCUUUGUACUAACCUGCAUUGGACGCGACCUGGAGACUCACCUUCCGCAGCAGCUCGAAUCGUUGCUGGCCGGAGUUCGGGAUGCGUUCCUUAACUCCGCUGCCUCAGCACCAGCGAUCCGGCGUACGCUACUACAGCUGAUCGAGCUGCAGGCGUCCCACUGGCAGCUGCCCGGAAACACGGUUCUAUACUAUUAUCCUUCCUCCAAGUAA